UUUUGCCGCGGUUCCGCUGAUCGUCCAAGCCUAACACCACACGAAUACGAAGCCAGUACUGUGCACAAAGUCAAGCAAGAACCAACCCCCACAUUCGUUAGCCAGCCCUUUGGAGUAAUUCACAAGCGAUGAGUGCGGGCGUCGGACCAAGCGGUGUCGGUCCAGGCGGCCUCUCCACGACCAUUGCCCAUUCCAACUCGAUUCUUGAUGCUGCGGCCGUUGUGCUGCUCUUCGCCAAGGUCACGUAUGCCUCGGCCGUAUUUAUGUUCUCAGACUAUGUGCACGUCGUUCCGCCGGCCGUCCUGAUUCUUCUCGUGAGCGCGAUCGCCUCCGUUGUCUUUUUCGUCCUCCAGCGACCGUUCUCGUCCAACAAAAAGUCACUAACAUGGCGACAGUUGGUGCGAGUCGCCAUUUACUCAGUUGCCGGAAUCGCUUCAUUGGGCUUCUGGGCGCAUGCCAUCAAAUACUGCGGACCUCUUCGAGCAAUUUUGCUUUCCAACUUGGGCGAUGCUUUGAUUGGAGGAAUCGGCUCGUCGUUGUUCAAACGCGGAAGCAAGGGAGGCUCAACCACUUCGUCUGGAACUUGGCUGAUUGCUGUCGGUAUCAUUGUUUUGCUCCUGUUCGAUUCUGGCUCAAGCGGCUUGCGAACUCUCGAAGUGGCAAGCCACCACGACGGAGAGGCUGGCGCCGAGGAGCAUCACACUCCCGAAGAUGGCGCACAUAUCAAGCACCAUCUGCAGUUUCCUUCGUCUCUGUCCGGCAUCUCGGACAACACGGUCGGCAUCUUCCUGCUUUUGAUCGCAGCCGUGCUGAGCGCCUUCCGCAAAAACGCUGGACGAAAGCUCUCUGUUGAGGUCGGAGGUGCAAAGCGGCUGCAGGCCAUUUCCUCGUUGUUCAUCACCGGUCUCAGUCUGCCGUGGGCACUGUGGUCUCUUGGAGACGUUCCUGAGGACUUUGCCAUCCUGUCGGUCGGCACCCUGCUGCCAUGCGCCUACAUGGCCGGCAUUAUUCUCGUGGCUGAUUUUUACGCCGAGUCCUACGCGUUCUCGCGCAUGGACAGUCUGAUUGCCGCCAAGCGAGGGUAUCUCGCUGCCUUCCUCGGCGCUCUGUUUUACGGAUUUGUUUGGCCCACCCACGCGGCUCCUACCAUGGCCGUGCUUGCCGCCUUUGCCAUUAUUUCUCUUGGAUUGCAAGUACUCUCGAAUUCAGACACCAAGGAUGCCCGCGAUGGACAAUUGCUCGGGUUUAGCUCGGGCUUGCCCAUGUACAGCUCGUUUGGCGCCCAGAACGACACCUCCGGCAUUCAACAUUUGACGCUCCGUCAGGUGCUGCGCCAAGUGCUCGAGAGCAAGGACUCUCGCCAGCUCUUCUACUUUUUGUGCUUGAAUCUCAUCUUCAUGUCGGUCGAGUUCCUGUACGGCUACUGGACGAACAGUCUUGGUCUCAUGACGGACGGCUUCCACAUGCUUUUCGAUUGUAUCGCUUUGGCUGUGGGUCUUUAUGCUGCUGUCAUCUCCAAGUGGAAGGGCACGCGGACCUUUUCAUAUGGGUUUGGUCGCGUGGAAAUCCUCUCGGGCUUUGUCAACGGCGUCUUUCUCGUGUUCAUCUCCAUCUUUGUCUUCUCUGAGGCGGUCGAGCGCGUGUUGACGCCGCCUGAAGUCACGACCGACCGCUUGUUGCUGGUGUCUGUUUUUGGUCUCUGCGUCAAUCUGGUCGGCAUGUUUGCCUUCUCGCACGCACAUUCUCACGGCGGCGCUCCGUGCGAUCACGGGCACGCCCACGGAGGCAACGACCAUGGACACGCGCACGGCGGCGGCGAGCCGGAAGAGCCGAAGGGCAACGCCAACAUGGAGGGAGUGUUUCUGCACGUUCUCGCCGACACCCUGGGCAGUGUGGGUGUCAUCAUUUCAUCGCUUCUCAUCCAGUUCUUUGGCUGGCACAUGGCCGAUCCUGUGUGCUCGCUAUUCAUCAGCGUCUUGAUCUUCCUCUCUGUCAUUCCCCUGCUCAAGAACUCCUCGCGCCACCUUUUGCAGCAAACGCCGCCCGAUAUGGAGCACGCGUUGCAGAGCGCCUUGCAGCGUGUAUUGCAGCUCGACGGCGUUCUUGGCAUCCGCGAUCCCCACUUUUGGAACCACGCGCCCAGUGUCAUGGUUGGCACUGUGCACGUACACAUUGCCGCGCAAGCAAGCGAGGGCCGCGUCAUGGCCGGGGUUGCGCAGCUGCUCCGCGGCGCAGGCAUUACCGAACUCUGCGUCCAGAUUGAAAAGGACUACUUUUACACCUUUGCGGGUGUCCGACCUGUGUGGUAUGCCACCAGUGGUCAAAAGCCACAGCUCGUGUUGCAGCAACAGCAGUACCAGCCCGCAUUGACAAGCGCGAGCGGGCAGCAAACCCCAAACUCAAUGUCACAUCCCGCCUCGCCGUCCGUCAAAAAGUCGCAAUCCCAGCAAUGGGCCUCCGCCCUCCCCUCCAGCGGCGGUGGUUCGCACAUUAUUAAUUUGAGUUGAUGUUUUUCUUUUGGUUUUGUGGUGUGUUGUGAAAGUGUCUUCAAAGAACGAGUUAUUCCGAGUCAGAAUUCGGA